AUGGCUGACAAACAUACAAAGAAUUUGAUCAUAAAAAGUUUUGAGAAGAAGUAUGUGCAAGCAUUGUUUAUAGAUGUGUUUGGUGAACAUUGUCAACCCUACACCAGCUCCAGGUUUUUCUGUAUAACUCCUCAUGUUUUGCAAGUAGGACACUCAUUUCUGACAAGACAACAGCAGGUGACCAAUUCUGCUGCAAAUGACCAGACAAAGAGUGCACCAAAGGUACUUCACCACAGCCUGGGACCUCUGGAAGCACUCAUGAAGUGUAUUGAAAUGAACUGGAUGGCCGUGUUGGUUGGCCCAGCAUCUAGCGGUAAGACUAGUCUUGUGAAGCUCUUGGCUCAGCUCAGUGGACAUAAGCUUCAAGUGAUGGCUAUGAACAGUGCAAUGGACACCACAGAACUUCUUGGAGGGUUUGAGCAGGCUGAUUUGAGCAGAAAGUUGGGGGACAUUGCUGCUAAGAUUGUAGAGCAAGGAUCUGUGAUGGUCAAGAUACUGCUGACCAUUGGAUCUAACCCAGAAGAAAAUGUCCAGAAGUCACAAACUUUACAGAGUCUGAUGGCACAGUAUAGGGAGAAUAAUUAUAAAGACAAAGGAAACGGUAUCCAGGAAGAGGCUGAAUAUGUGAAAGGGAGGUUUAGAAUUUUAUUCAAAUUACUUGGACAGCUACAGGAAUUACAGCAGUCAGGUGAUUUUUUCUGUACCAUAACUUAAGUGAUAUUUUUUCUUGUAUCAUUUUCAGUAUUUU